AAAGAUUGAAAGUGACACACACAUUGUUUUGCGCGAAACUGUGACUGUUAUAUCGAGAUUUCUUCAGUUAACACCUCUGUGUCGCAGACAUUGUGAUUUCGGCCCGUUUUUCUUUUGCUUGAGCAACUUGGUUGUUUUGCCUGUUGUUCACGUGGACAUUUUCCUUAUGAUGCGUUUUGCGUUUUCCUUGUUUCCGCGGGUGAAGAAGCCACGAGUUCAGAAGAGGACCGAUUUGUGCCUCGACCGUGCCUAACCCAGGACGACCGACACAACGUGCGAUCAAACGACUCCAGCUGGCGGGUUGACAAGUUUCUCUGCGCGGAGAGAAGCAGCGGCUCGAGCUCCAGCAGGAUCCCCGCGCACUCAGCAAGCAAACCUCGACGCACUGGUCUCGAGCGAAAGAGACUCUCUCUCUCUCUCUCUCUCUCUCUCUUGAGGCAAACACCACUCUCACAGACAAUAAACCAACGCACAUUGUCUACCUUUGUCUCCCAUCUCUCUCCUUUCUCUCGGACUCGCUCACAUCCAGUGCUUGGGGCACGAAGUUGUGUCCAGCAGCACAGACUCCAGCCGAUCUCCGCCCGUCGUGGCGCCAACUCAGCCCAGCCCUGGAUUCAAUCAUUUUAAUCAAUGGACAGAGCCUCCUCAACGGCCAGCAGAGGUACAGACACGCCAUAAACAGCCCUUACCCUCGGGCAGUAGCCCCCCCUGGUGGUUGGAGGGGGAUGGAGCGUGGUGGCGGGGAGAGCCCCCGCAUGCAGGACAGUCCUGAGCGGGAACGGCGGGGGGGCAGCCCGGACCUCAGUGGACCCCCGCCAGGGAAGAUAAGGCGUUUGGAGCUCAAUGGGAGCCCCACUGGGCCACGCCUCCUACUCCACAACGGCAACCCACACAGACCUCUGGGAGGUCUGAUGAUCCCAGUGUUCUGUGUGGUGGAGCAGGCAGGGCCUGAUGGAAGGAUGCAGCGUGAACGAGAGCGUGAGGAAGUGGAGAGGAAUGAGGGACACAGAGAGGAGCAUGCUGAGUUUGUCCUGGUCAGGAAGGAUAUCCUCUUCAACCAGCUGGUGGAGACGGCCCUGCUGGCCCUGGGGUACUCCCACAGCUCAGCCGCUCAGGCCCAUGGCAUCAUCAAGGUGGGUCGUUGGAACCCUCUGCCCAUCCACUUCCUAACAGACUCUCCUGAGGCCACGGUGGCUGACAUGUUGCUGGACGUCUAUCAUAUGGUCACCCUCCGCAUUCAGCUACAGAGCUUUGCCAAGCUAGAGGACCUUCCGUCAGAGCAGUGGAACCACGCCACGGUGAGGAACGCCCUCAAGGAGCUUCUCAAGGAGAUGAACCAAAGCACACUGGCCAAGGAGUGCCCCCUCUCACAGAGUAUGAUUUCCUCAAUAGUAAACAGCUCCUACUAUGCCAAUGUCUCAACUGCCAAAUGUCAGGAAUUUGGACGCUGGUACAAGAAGUACAAGAAAAUCAAAGGAGAUUAUCUGGAGAAGAUGUGGCCAGGAAGAGAAAAUUCAGAAAUCAAAGUGGAGAGAGACAGCCUGGCAGACUUCUGUGUCCUGGGCCAGCGUCCCCCUCCCCACCUGGCCAGCCUGGCCCAGCUCAACCACCUUGGAGGGGGUGGAGGUGCCCUCCUCAAGGGUGGAUCUGGAGACCCCCAGAACCCCUCCCAACCCCCCCAACAACAACCCCAACAACAACACCCCCCCUCGCCCCACGGCCAGCUCCACCACAGCCCCCCUCUUCGUGGCCAGGUCCCCCCUCCCGGCCCUCCAGCCUCCCUUCAGCCUCUCCUCAGCCCAGGCGGGCUUCUCUCCCCCCAGCUUAGCCCUCAGCUGGUCCGACAGCAGCUAGCCAUGGCUCACCUCAUCAACCAGCAGCUCGCUGUUAACCGCCUGCUAGCCCACCAGCACCCACAGGCCCUCAACCAGCAGUUCCUCAACCACCCUCCCAUCCCUCGGCCCUCCAAGGCAGGGGCCCCUGGGGACCCCGGGAACAACCCGUCUGCUGCGGAGGUCUCCAAUGAUAUCUACCAGCACGUCAGGGACGAACUGAAGAGAGCCAGCGUCUCACAGGCUGUGUUCGCUCGCGUGGCCUUCAACAGAACACAGGGCCUGCUGUCGGAGAUCCUGCGGAAGGAGGAGGACCCUCGCUCUGCCUCUCAGUCCCUGCUGGUCAACCUCAAAGCCAUGCAGAACUUCCUCAACCUCCCUGAGGGGGAGAGAGACCGUAUUUACCAGGAGGAGCGUGAGCGCAGCAUGAACCCUCCUGUCGGCCUGCCCCCUACCCCUACCUCCAGCCCUGGGGGCCCCCGCCUCUCACAGGACGUAUUUAGACCGACCAUCACUAACCAUGUCCCAUGCCACCUCAUGCAGAAGGUGUGGGAGAGAGGUAUGGACGAACAGCUAACUCCUGACCCCUGGACUUCUAUAUGGAAGAAUAAGACUAAAAUCUCCAACUCGCCCAAGCCGCCAGGCCCCAACCCAGACCUGCCCCUAAAGCUGGAGUCUCUGGUCAUCACGUCAGGUAUCUAUGAUGAGAUCCAGCAGGAGAUGAAGAGGGCCAAGGUGUCUCAGGCGCUGUUCGCCAAGGUGGCUGCCAACAAGAGCCAGGGCUGGCUGUGUGAGUUGCUGCGGUGGAAGGAGAACCCUAGCCCAGAGAACCGUACUCUGUGGGAGAACCUGUGUACCAUCCGGAGGUUCCUGACCCUGCCCCAGACAGACAGAGACCUGGUGUAUGAAGAGGAGUCCAGGCACCACCACAGUGAGAGGCUGCAUACUGUACUACACCUGCCCCAAGAACCACAGCUGUACCUGCUUUCUCACCAGGCGCUGCACAGACAACCCCCACAACCCCUAAAGGACCACUCCUCGAUGCACGAGGACCCCAUGCCCCUCCAGGGUAACGACGAAGGGUCACAGAAUGUUGAAGGAGUCAGUUCAGGAGUCGGUGGUGGCACAGUCAUUAAGAAGCCUCGAUCGCGCACUAAGAUCUCUCUAGAAGCCCUGGGCAUCCUGCAGAGCUUCAUCCAGGAUGUGGGUCUCUACCCGGACCAAGACGCCAUCCACACUCUGUCAGCCCAGCUGGACCUUCCCAAGCACACCAUCAUCAAGUUCUUCCAGAACCAGCGCUACCACGUCAAGCAUCACGGCAGGCUGAAGGAGCUGGGGGAGGGGGCCGGUGGUGUGGAUGUCAGCGAAUACAGAGACGAGGAGCUCCUCUCCAGCUCAGAGGACCCUGAGUCCAGCGAAGAUGGUCACGAGGAGAUGUACCCCACUACGGAGAGGGAAAGAGGGGGGAGCAACCCAGCAGGGUCAGCCCCUGCCCUGGCCCCAGCCCAGCCUUCAGGGACCAGCAUGGGGGCCAUGGAGGAGGGCAAGGACAAGGGGCAUUCUCAUGGUCUGGGUGGGGGCCGAGCCAGCUCCCUGCCCCCUGGUAGCUCCUCAUCCAGCCCCAGAGAGCAGGCUGACUUCCAGAGAUAGAGACCCAGAGACCAGAGGAGACACAGAAAGAGAGCGAGACCGAGACAGACAGACGAAGGGAAGAGAACGGGAACUAAAGACUGGUAGAGGUGAAGAGGGGCAUAGAUGAGACAAUGACAGACUCACUGAUUCAUGCACAAACAUACACACACACACACAUACACACACACACACACCCACACACCCACACACAUAUACUUACAGAAAUACAGAUGUAUGGGGUCCCAAGGAGGCUUCAUCAAAGAGUGAUUUAAGUGAAAAUACAAUAUGUUACCUCAGCAACAUGAAGCAGGGAAAUGCCAUGAAACAGCUGUCAUGUGUAACAGUUAGAAUAGCCUGUUCACUAAUGUUGAGCCACUAGACAGAGAGAAAAAAAACAUAUACACACACAUCUCACCCCUGGCCACAAGAGGAACUUGCCACAUCAACACCACUUUUGAAUUGAGACAAUCCCAAAACUCAGCUUCACCCAAGUGGGCUCUCAUCUGCUUUGUCCAAUGACUGCUCUCCCUAAUGUCUCAACAUCACCCACAUACAGAACACUUGUCCUUAUUUCGAUCUUGGGUCAAGCCCCUAACUGACACUCAUAGACUGAAUACUGGGGGCCUGCUCAGACCUCUACUAUCCCAUGGUCCCUCAGCUCCAUAUGCAGACUCCAGAGCUACAGACAUUUACAUUUUAGUCAUUUAGCAGACGCUCUUAUCCAGAGCGACUUACAGUUAGUGAGUGCAUACAUUU